GAGACAUCGUCAGUGUGUACACGUAGAUUGUACAUUGCAGUUGUUUAAGCUAAUUACUAUUCUCCAUGUUUCAUGGAACAAAACGCCGGUGUUGUUAUUUCCAUCAUGCUAUGCAGAAAAUCGUUUGUCUUACGCAUGAAUUAGAAAUUCACGCAUGCACGUCACAGUUGAAUAUUAUGGAAAUGCAAAUGAGAUUUCACGUGCUAUGUCAGGACACAGUGACACAUUCAUUUCAUUGACUUGCGAACCAUGUGGAAGAUAACAGUGCUAGUUUUCUUGGCUGUCGCGGUGCUUAUUCGUGGAUACCCUCGAUAUUUAUCCAGUAUUCCGAAUGGACUUAAGAUUCCAAACCCAUGCACCACCGCGCCAAACGAUACUUGGAGAUUGGUGGGACACGAAAUUGCAACAUCUAGUCAAUUGUAUCAAAAGAAAAUGCAACAACCUGGAUCUUACUUGAACGUGUUUGGAACGGAUUUUUCAUUGGAAUCACAUACUUGGACUCAAAAACUAUGUAACAGUGAUUCCGACGGUGACGGAAAAUCAAAUGGAGAGGAAUUAGGAGACGCCGAAUGUGUGUGGGUCAAAGGAGGGAAGCCAGCUAAAGAUGCAACUGGACAUCCAGGUAUAUGCGAGGAGGAUUCUCCAAAUUGCAAACCUUCCGCUAAGUUGUCCGUCAUAUGUGCGUAACCGUGAUUCUAACCGACUACGAGGAUCAUAGCUGGUCAAUAAAACGUUGAACUUUCUUCGGAUAUAAAUGUUUGUCUAUCCUGUAACACAUAUAAAUGGCGGGAAUGACAACUUUGAUAUGGUUCUCAAUGUGUGUAUAUACAUGUAUGACUCCAUGUUACAGUAGAUUACCCAAUCAUUUGUCAGAUUUUCUCCCUUUGUUUUAAAAGUACAAGUAUUAAAAGAAAAAAUAAACUA